AAAUUUCAAGAGUCGGUGAAUAACUAAGCAAAUCUAAUUACUAACAUACAGUUGUUAUAUUAUUAAUUAGUCCCAGCGGACCGUUGUUAAGAUAAUGAAAUUUUAUUUUAAUUAUUAAAAGGAAUUAAUCGCAGAGAUAAAUAUUACACGCCACUGUCGCGCGGUGCGGCGUGUUUCUUCGAGAGGUCGCCACCUUCGCGAUCAGUUGCGAUCUAACUAAGCUGGGCGUGUGAGUUUUGCAAAUCCGAGUAUUUAGUGUUUGUUUUUAUAGAUAUGUAACAAUUGGAUAAUUAAAUAAGAUUUAAAUGCCCUCAACAAUGUCUCUGUCUCUCAAAGUUAACAUUGUGGAUGGCAAUGUUACAAAAACUAUCGUUUUUGAUCCUACAACAACUGUCUAUGAUGCCUGUCGCAUUAUUAGGGAAAAAUGUACCGAAGCCAGUGGACAACAUAAUGAAUAUGGGCUUUUCCUCACCGACGAGGACAAUAAGACAGGAGUUUGGUUAGAACCGGCGAGAAGUUUGGAAUACUAUCUGCUGCGAAAUGGCGAUACUGUGGAAUACCGAAAAAAGACCAGGAACCUGAGAGUUAAAAUGUUAGACGGUUCGGUAAAAACUGUACGUGUGGACGAUUCCCAAAUCGUAGCCAACUUAAUGGUGAUGAUUUGUGCAAAACUUGGUAUUACUAACCACGACGAGUACUCGUUGGUUCUCGAAGAUUUGGAGAACCAGGAGAACAUAGAUAACCGUAAUUACGGAACAUUGACGUUAAAACGCAAAAAGGAGGAACGUGAAAGGGACGCGAAAAUGGAACAGUUACGUAAAAAAUUACAUACCGACGAUGAAGUCAAUUGGUUAGAUCCAUCUAAAACUCUACGCGAACAGGGGAUUGAUGAGAAUGAAACUGUGCUUCUAAGAAGAAAGUUUUUCUUCUCUGACCAAAACAUAGAUUCCAGAGACCCCGUACAGUUAAACUUGCUGUACGUCCAAGCUCGUGAUGCCAUUUUGAAUGGGACGCACCCUAUUACACAAGACAAAGCGUGUGAAUUUGCAGGAAUUCAAUGUCAGAUCCAGUUCGGCGACCACGUAGAAAGCAAGCAUAAACCCGGUUUUUUGGAUUUAAAAGAAUUUUUACCCCAAUCGUACACCAAAAUCAAGGGCAUAGAAAAGAAAAUAUUCUACGAACACAAAAAAUGUCAAGGCCUCGGAGAGUUAGACGCAAAAGUGAAGUACACGAAAACCGCGAGAUCCCUAACAACCUACGGUGUGACAUUUUUCCUUGUAAAGGAAAAGAUGAAGGGCAAGAACAAACUGGUUCCUCGUCUGCUUGGCGUCACCAAAGACUCGGUACUUCGUCUAGAUGAAAAAACCAAGGAAAUACUGCAGACUUGGCCUUUGACCACUGUAAGGCGUUGGGGCGCCAGUCCUAACACGUUCACCCUUGAUUUUGGUGACUAUUCGGAUCAGUACUAUUCAGUUCAAACUACAGAAGCCGAGCAGAUCCAGCAGAUCAUCGCAGGAUAUAUCGAUAUCAUUCUGAAGAAGAAGCAAGCGAAGGACCACUUUGGGAUUGAAGGAGAUGAAGGAUCGACUAUGUUUGAGGAGAGCGUUGCGCCUCACAAAGCCACCAUUUUGCAACACGAAUCAAGUAAAAUCGGUAAAAUCAAUACCGAGUCACUGGCUAAACCUGCUGUGAUCAGAGCUGGAUCUGACGGUGAGAAAACAUUUAGCAUGGGUGUUAUGAGUGGCCCGCAACAAACCACUGUAGGUGGAUCCGUAAAUUUGGGGCAUGCCCCACCAACGUCGACAAAUUUGCACCAAACAAAAAUCACAUCGGUUCUAUCAGAACCCCAAAGAGGGCUCUUGUCCACUAUAUCCGCCACCCAGACAAGAAUCAAAGAAUCCGAGAUCAACUUGGAUGGCAAAGCUCACAUCCCCGAACUUGGGACGGACCCGGCGGCAAAGAAAUGGAAGCAGGUCACACUAGACACGCGCAAACAGAACGUGGGUUCUCAGAUUGCAGCGAUGAACGCUGCCACCGCCCAGGUGGUAACGCUGACUUCUGGACCUCAAGACGAGGUUGAUCACAACGCUGUAGGUGCUGCGAUCACCACCAUAGGCAGCAAUUUGCCCGAAAUGACGAAAGACGUCAAAAUGAUCGCAGCGUUGAUGGACGAUAGUAACAUGGGCGAGAAACUACUUGAUGCGACUAGGAAAUUGUGUACCGCAUUUAGUGACCUGCUUAAAGCUGCAGAACCAGAAUCCAAAGAGCCUCGUCAAAGUUUGCUCAAUGCAGCGUCCAGAGUGGGAGAAGCCAGCACUCAAGUGUUGGCUACUAUUGGCGAAGAUACGGUUGAGAAUAAGGAGCUGCAGGACAUGCUCUUGUCUUUGGCUAAAGCCGUGGCUAACACAACGGCUGCUUUGGUUCUGAGAGCCAAGAACAUUGCUUCGACCUGUGAGGAUCAACAGACACAAAAUCGUGUUAUCGGUGCCGCUACGCAGUGUGCCUUGGCUACUUCUCAACUCGUAGCCUGUGCAAAAGUUGUGGCGCCCACUUUACAUUCGCCAGCAUGUCAAGAGCAGUUGACGACUGCUGUGAGGGAAGUAACGAAAGCAGUUGAAAAUUUGGUGGCAGUAUGCAAUGAUGCCUGCCCUAACGAUGAUCUGAACAGCCAGCUAAAGGCCGCCGCAGCAGAAGUGUCUAGGACUCUAAACGAUCUCCUGAAUCACAUCAAACUUGUUUCUCGAGAACGUGCACAGGAAUCUGUUCAGGAAUACAGCGUUGAGGAAAUAUACACUGCGACCGAUAAGCUGUCUGCGGCCUCGGGAGACGCUAAUGAAAUGGUCCGUCAAGCCAGGAGGUUAGGUCAAGCUACAGCCCAACUGAUACAAAGCAUUAAAGGCGAAGCUGAAAAAAUUCCAGACUCUGACAUUCAGCGCCGUCUCUUGGCUGCUGCUAAAACUUUAGCUGAUGCCACCGCGAAAAUGGUAGAGGCCGCCAGACAAUGCGCCAGUAAUCCUCACGACGUUAACUAUCAGGAUCAACUUAGAAGGACCGCAGAGGAUCUUAGAGACGUAACGGUGGUAGCGGCGACGACUCCUGCCCUUAGAGCUAAAUUGGUAGACAGAGUUCAAGUAUGUGCCAAAAAAGCCGUGUCUUCGGCUACGCAAUGCAUCACAGCAGCUCAUGCCAGUCACCCGCAUAAUACAAACCAAGCAACCCGUGAAGCUUUAUCACAAGAUACUCAUGAUCUUGCGGAAACGAUUCCACCUCUCGUCGAUUCUAUUAAAGCCAACGGCCAGCAUCCUGAAGAUACAAAUACUCAAGCUGAACUUAUGUACAUUGCUGAGGUAUUCCUACACCCAGCAACUCAAUUUGUUCAAUCGUCAAGAUCGGUUCUGCCCACCUUGGACGAUCACUCUAUUACCGAACAAUUGUCCACAACUAGCCACAAACUCAACACGGAUCUAACUGAAUUGCGCAAUGCCUUAAGUCGCGCCAAGCCAGCUUGUCAAGGAUUAGGCAUAGACGCGGCCCAACAGCUUAUCGCGGAACUCCAAGACGAGCUUGACGAAUUCGAACGGGCUGUUAACGCCCACAAUCUCAGGCCGUUACCGGGUGACACACCCGAACGUGGCGCGCAACAACUAGCGUCCAGCAGCAAGCUCGUAAACCAGGGAGUGGCACAACUGCUAAGUGCUGCCGCUCAAGGAAACGAGAUGUACACCUCCCAAGCUGCGAGAGAUACCGCUCAAAGUUUGAGAAACUUAACCGGUGCCGUAAGGACUGUCGCCGCCACCACAGACAAUGUCGAUGUUCAAAGGAGAAUAAUACAUUCUGGACGAGGUGUCUUGGAUCACUCUUCAAAACUGCUAGACGAGGCUCGACAGAGCUUGCAAACUGUUGGGGUUACCCCGGGACUACACUCGGCUGCCAAGGACAUCUCUUCGUCACUUAACGUCACAAUGGGAUGCCUACCUGGUCAAAAAGACGUCGAUUCUGCUAUUACGAACAUCAUUGAGUGGACGUCUACUAUCCAGUCUGGUAACUUCCCUCACACUAACAAAAGCUACGGGGAACUGCAACAAGAGCUCAAUACAGCGGCUGCAAACUUAAACGAGGCCAGCUCUAGCGUUGUGCAGUCUGUUCGAAGUCCCGUACAACUUGCCUCAACAUCGAAAGAUUUUGCUUCGGCCUUCCAAGAAUUGCUCACGGUUUCUAUGGAAAUGGCGGGACAAACUCAGGAUACGACUGUUCGUGGAGAGAUGGUACACUCCCUCAAAGGUGUCUCCACUACCUCUAGCGCCCUGUUAACCACCGCAAAGUCUCUCUCUGCCGAUCCCCACCUUCCGAACGGCAAGAAUCAGUUAGCGGCAGCCGCCCGAGCUGUCACAGACAGCAUAAAUCAUCUCGUAAACGUUUGCACUUCAGCUGCACCCGGACAAAAUGAAUGUGACAAUGCUAUUAGAAAGAUUAAAGCGAUGCAAUACCUGUUGGAAAAUCCAACCGAGCCUAUCAAUGAAUCUUCCUAUUACGAAGCACUUGACUCGGUUAUAGAAAAGAGUAAGGUCCUCGGCGAAGGUUUAUCGGGUAUUACCAGCAGUGCCAAGAUAUCGGAACAUGAGAAGUUCACCGAGCACGUGAAGAGCUUCAGUGAUGCAAUUUGUUCUUUGAUCGAGGCGUCUGCCCAAACUGCAUACUUGGUUGGUGUCUCGGAUCCCUCGAGUAUUGCCGGUCGCCCAGGCUUGGUCGAUCAGGCGCAAUUCGCCAGAGCUUCGCAGGCCAUACAACAAGGAUGCGCUGCACUCUCCUCCCCCGCAAGCCCACAGAAACAGGUCCUCGAAGCUGCUACUUUGAUAGCUAAACACACGAGUGCUUUGUGCAACUCUUGUAGAAUCGCCAGUUCAAAAACGACCAACCCGGUGGCUAAGAGACAGUUCGUACAAAGUGCCAAGGCCGUUGCAAACUCGACUGCCGCCUUAGUGAAAGAAAUUAAGGCGCUUGACGCUGAUUAUUCGGACGAGAACAGAAGGAGAUGUGCAGAAGCCACGAGGCCUUUGCUAGAUGCUGUUGAUAACCUGUGCGUAUAUGCCAGUUCAAGUGAAUUUGCCACGAUACCGGCCAAGAUACCUCCUCAGGCUAGACAAGCUCAACUGCCUAUAGUGGACGCAGGUCACAGACUCAUCGACAGCUCCUGCAACGUAAUUGGCACGACCAAGAAUCUUAUUAUAAUGCCUAAGGACCCGUCUACUUGGCAACAGUUCGCGAGCAGCUCGAAAAAUGUUUCUGAUUCCAUCAAACAACUGGUAGUCAACAUUCGCAAUGAGGCUCCGGGCAGAAACGAAUGCGAAAGUGCUGCUCAAAUCCUGACCAAUCACCUGAGAACCUUAGACGGUGCCUAUAUGGACGCCGUGUCACAAUCCCUGCAACCGAAACGUACGGCGACUUUGCCGGUGUACAGCCAGCAAGUUGAAAGAUCUGCCGCGGGUCUUUUGGAUACCAUCGAACCUCUUAGACACGCCGCCAAAUUUGAAGCUGAAAAUAUCGGGCACGCCAUCAAUCAGAUGGUACAAUACUUCGAACCUUUAGUGCAGAGUACAAUAGGAGCCGCUUCCAACAUGAUGAAUUCUAAACAGCAAGAACAGUUGCUAGAUCAAGCCAAGUCGGUUACCGAGUCGGCGUUGCAAUUUAUUUACGCUACAAAGGACUCUGGAGGAAAUCCAAAGGCCGUCAAUAUUCACCCGGACAUAGAGGAGUGUGCCAACUCCACUAGAGACACACUGAAAGAUUUGGUGAACAGCCUCGAAACUAUCUCGACUCAAAGCGGAAUCGUGUCCGGAGUCGUAGACAACUUAACCCGGGCCAUGACUAGAUUGUCCGACAAUCGUGCCUCCCUCAUUAUAUCGGACAGCGAUGGUUACGUCGAUUACCAAACACGCAUGGUAGAAUGUUCCAAGGACAUUGCCAAGAUAGCCGGCGAAAUGGCCACCAAGGCCGCCACAGACACCCAGAAACUCGCACCUCUAUCCGCAGACUUGUCGCACAAAUAUGCCCAGUUGUCCAGCGACAGCAUCGGCGCUGCGGCAUCCGCCACUAAUGGAGAAGUGGGUAUCAGACUAAAAGAAGUGGUACAACAGCUGGGUGGUGCUUGCGUUGAUUUAGUACAAUCAGGCGGACAGUGCUUGGUCCAGAAAGAUGAUAUUAUAUUACGGGAAGUUGGCGACUGCUCUCGUAACGUCACGGAGAAAGUGUCUAGGGUUCUGGCCACUUUACAGUCUGGUUCAAGAGGCACCCAGGCUUGUAUCAACGCCGCAUCGACCGUCUCAGGUAUUAUCGGUGACCUGGAGACCACUAUUAUGUUCGCUACCGCCGGCAAUCUUAAUCCCGAAAACGAACAGGAAUCCUUCGCUGAUCAUAGAGAAAACAUAUUGAAAACUGCCAAGGCUUUGGUGGAGGACACAAAGACUUUGGUCGCGGGAGCCGCUUCGUCGCAGGAACAACUGGCUGUCGCCGCUCAGAAUUCUGUCGCGACAAUUGUUCAAUUGGCAGAGGUUGUUAAACUGGGAGCAGCCAGUUUGGGUUCUGACAAUCCCGAGUCGCAAGUUAUGCUGAUAAAUGCUGUGAGAGAUGUCGCUAGUGCCUUGGGCGACCUCAUUCACGCCACAAAAGCCGCUAGUGGUAAACCGAUCAACGACCCCGCCAUGACCCAUCUGAAGGACAGCGCCAAGGUAAUGGUCACAAAUGUAACGUCGUUGUUGAAAACAGUUAAAGCUGUGGAAGAUGAACACACUCGAGGAACGAGAGCAUUAGAAUCCACAGUCGAAGCUAUCGCGCAGGAAAUGAGAGCACUUUACUCUGCUGAAGGUUACAAACAAGGUGUUACCGCCGAAGACCUCAUUCGCUGCACUAAAGCCAUCACUAAUGCCACAGCCAAAUCGGUAGCAGCAGGAAUAAGCAAUAAACAGGACGAUAUUAUAGCUGCCGCCAAUUUGGCAAGAAAAUCGAUUUCAGACAUGUUGAUCAUCUGUAAAAGUGCAGCGUUUACUCUUGCGGAAACGGAUGAGUUGAGGGAUGAUACUCUGAACGCGGGUCAUGACUGCUCUAAGCAAUUUAGGGAACUCUUGUUGCUUAUUUUGCAGGGCAGUGCAUCGCCCGAUGUGAAACAUACUUUGCCGCUAGUGUCUAGAAAGAUCGCACAGUCUGUUACAGAGAUAGUUAGCAUUGCUAAAAGGCUUAAAGGUUCUGAUUGGGUGGAUCCAGACGAUCCAACGGUUAUUGCAGAAAAUGAGUUGUUAGGAGCAGCCGCCUCGAUCGAUGCUGCCGCCAAGAAACUUGCCAGUUUACGUCCAAGACAGAAUAUUAAGACUCAAGACUUGGACGAAUCGAUGAACUUUGAUGAAAUGAUUCUGGAAGCUGCCAAAUCCAUCACUGCCGCCACUUCUGCGCUAAUAAAAGCGGCCAGUGCAGCUCAACGAGAGUUAAUCGAUAGCGGGAAAAUGUCAAGAACACCUAUUUCAUCGUCAGACGAUGGUCAGUGGUCCGAGGGGCUUAUUUCCGCAGCACGAUUAGUGGCUGCCGCGACUCAUAGUUUGGUUGAAAGUGCCAACGCUCUCGUCCAAGGUCUCGGUAGUGAGGAUAAACUAAUAGCGGCUGCAAAACAAGUAGCAAGUUCUACCGCCCAGCUGUUAGUAGCCUGUAAAGUAAAAGCGGAGGGAGAUACCGAAGCUACGAGACGGUUACAUGCCGCCGGAAACGCUGUCAUCCGUUCUACCGACAAUCUCGUGAGAGCGGCCCAGAGAGCCAAGAGCGUCGAAGAGGAGAGAUAUCUUGUCCUUAACAAGAAGAUGGUUGGCGGCAUUGCGCAGGAGAUCAACGCAAGAUCGGAGGUGUGCAGGAUCGAAAGGGAACUGGAGGAGGCUCGCAACAAACUAAGUGCCAUAAGACAAGCCAAGUACAAACUGAAAGGUUACGAUACCUCUGGCGACGACACGGACGGUUACAUAAGCUCUGCUCAAGAAGCAGAAACUAUGGGAUAUACCCACGGUUAUGACAGUUCGCAAAGCCAGGGUACACCGACAAGGUAUUAUCAGGACAAGUACAGCCACCUGGAGAGCCCAGAAAAAGUUAACUCCUUAGAACGUAACAAGAAAUCUUAUCUGCAGUCCCACAUUAACAACCUGGACUCUUCAGUUUACGGCACCACCAGCAAUUACGGACAAAACGACUACAACUAUCCAAAUUACAAUUCGUUCUCGCAAAACGCACCCAAAUUUUCGCCCAGUUAUGGAGUAACCAACCAGUACGGGGGAAGGAACGAUUUCACUAGUCGGAGUUACGAACCGUCGAAAUCUUACGAACCUUCCAAGCCUUACGAACCUUCUAAGCCUUACGAAUCUUUUAAGUCUUACGAACCCUCAAAGCCCUACGAAUCAUCUAAGCCUUAUGAGCCUUUAAGCACAAGCACUCCUAGUCAUUACGCAAGCUUGAAUAAGAAUUACGGCACCAGCACUACUCCCAGAACGUUUGGCGCACCAACGCAAGAUAAAAGCUUGGAUUAUAGUUCCACCAGUUACAAUGUAGGAUCGCCCUACGCUCCGCUCGACAAUUUUAGUAAAACUGAGUAUAAACCAACAUCAGACGGUUAUUCGAGUUCCGAAUACGUUACCAAUACCUAUAAAACCCCUGCCGGUUAUAAGACGGAUACGUUUAAAUACGAAAGUUAUCAAUCGGCACCGCAACACACCUAUUCGUCCAGUAGCGAGAAGUACUACUCAGGCUCGCCCGCUGGUAAAAUACAACCCCUCUCGCCGCUCGAUAUGAAGAGUUUCGACUCUUUCAAAAACGGAUCAGACAAUCAGUACCAGUCGUCAUUUUCCAGCAACGUGGAAUAUAUUAAUCAGCCGCCCGUGCUUAAAGACGAUGACACGCUAGAGCAGAAAAUGUUAAAGAAGUCCGUUACUCAGCAAAUAUUCGAAAAGAAGACAGUUUCUAUGACGAAAUCGAGUAAACAGGAAUCGUCUGUAAAAAGUUUUAAGUUUGAGUAAAUAAUGCCAAAAAUCCAGUUAUAUGUUGAGAUGAAACUAAUUGAAUGUAAGGCUGCCAUAACUUCUGUCUGUUGUACAAUGUAUUUUAUCUAAUUAUCGUUUUCGUUAUCGUUUUAAGAGUUAAGUGUCCUUAGUUCGACAAUGGUGCUAAUAUGUUUUUGCUUCUCUUAACUGUGGUUGUUUUUAUUAACCAAAUACUUAAAUGAUUUAAAUUAUAUGUGCCAAUAAUAAAUUUUAGGCUUUCUUAUAGCUAUAAUUUCCUUCAUUCUUUUAAGUUGUAUAUUCAAAGUUAUAUUUUUUAAUAUUCUUCAUAGGCACUAUCGUAAAUAUUUAAAGUGCCUAGAUUGCUUAUAAGCAUGAUAUGUAGAUUUUUUUUUUAUUAAUUUUAUUCACAUAACAAGACUUAUAGUGCCUAAUACAUAUAAAAUUGCCUUUUUAUUAUACACUUUUACAUGUUACAGGAAUGUUUUCAAAUCAUAUAUUAUUUAAUUGUAUCUUAUAUAAAAUAAUAAAGAAACUAAUUUAGA